AUGGCUAAGACGGCAUUGUUGAUAGGGUGCAACUAUCCAGGAACAAAGGCUCAGUUAAACGGAUGCGUUAACGAUGUAUGGAGAAUGCAUGAAUGUCUCAUUCACUAUUAUGGAUUCUUAGAUGAGGAUAUCACAGUUCUCAUUGACACAGACAGUUCUUAUACUCAACCUACUGGCAAGAACAUUCGAUCUGCCAUGUCUAGAUUGCUUCGAUCGGCUCAGCCCGGUGACGUGCUAUUCGUUCAUUACAGCGGUCAUGGCACUCGUCUCCCUGCUGAGACUGGCGAUGACGAUGAUACUACUGGCUAUGAUGAAUGCAUUGUUCCCACAGAUAUGAAUCUCAUCACUGAUGAUGAUUUCAGGGAGUUUGUAGCAAAGGUACCUAGGGGUUGUAAGAUCACAAUCGUAUCAGAUUCUUGUCACAGUGGUGGAUUGAUUGAAUUAGCAAAGGAGCAAAUAGGAGAGAGCACACAUGAAGGAGCACCAAUUUCAUCACCAGGCUUCAAAAACUUCCUUCACAGAACAGUGGAAGAUACACUGGAGUCUCGUGAUAUUGAUGAAGAACAUGGUGGACUUCAUCAUGAGAAUCAAAACUAUGUGAAGAAUAGGUCUCUGCCUCUUUCAACUCUUAUUGACAUACUAAAGGAGAGAACUGGAGAAGAUGAUGUAGAAAUUGGAAAGAUAAGGCCUACGCUAUUUCAUAUCUUUGGAGAAGAUGUUAGUCCUAAAGUGAAGAGCUUCAUUAAGUUUUUCUUGAACAAAAUUCAUCAGGGAGAUGGUGAGAGUGGAGGCCAUAGCGGGAUUCUGGGGAUGGUGAAAAACAUUACCCAGGGACUUCUCAACUAUAAGUUGAAUGACAGUGAAGAAGAGUAUGAAGAUCCUGACAACCAUACACCAGAAGAAUAUGCUACAUCAACUAAGCGUAACACUAUAGAGAGUGGAAUUCUACUUAGUGGUUGCCAAACUGACCAAACUUCUGCGGAUGCAAGCCCUGGUGGAAAUCCUAAGGAAGCUUAUGGGGCAUUUAGCAAUGCCAUACAGGCUAUAAUUGCAGAAACUGGGGGUGCGGUUACAAAUCGACAGCUUGUUUUGAAGGCAAGGAAGAAACUUCAUAGGCAGGGUUAUACUCAGAAGCCUGGACUUUAUUGUAGUGAUGAUAAUGUCAGUGCUCCUUUUGUGUGUUGA